GCUUUUGAUUUUUCCACACAUGAAGUAACUUUACCAAAGAUCGCGUAAUUAAUUUGAAUUAGUAGGUACGUGAAUGCAUAAUUUGUGUACAAGAUAAAACAAGACAGUAGGCACUGACCAAAGUUCACAAUACAAUUAAAAAAAGAUCGGGCUAUCAAUGCGAAGGAAUUGCUACAAGCCGUCGCACUUUUUUGUACGUGGCGAAAGAACGUGGGCCUAAUAACCUAGUCUGUUGAGUUGCAGUCGUUAUCAAUUACUCCAUACUGUUAAUUUCAAUUUUUUUAAAAUGCUGGCUCGAAUUUUUUAUGCGGCUACAACAUUUUAUUAUUUUUUCGUUUUAUGGUACGACCAAAUGUUCGUAGAUUUGAGCAUUACGCAAAAAUCGAAAGGGCCAGAAGUUUUCAAGGGACGACUGAAAUUUUUGACUAUCUGGAAUAUGAUUUAAAAUAUAGAUGGCGCCGUUCCGAAUUUUUAAAUGUCGAUUAUUAUUGAUAACCUAUAAAAAGUUAUCACCUACAAUAAUGAUUGUCGCAAAAGGCCAAAGUAAUCCAAAAAUCAACGGCGAUUGAAUUCAUAAAAAUGUCGUUCGUCGCCGCUUUACAUUUAAUGCAAGCUGCACACUUCUGGUUCGCUUGUUACUACGACUGGAACUACGUUAACGUCCCCGUCGAGGUUUACUCAGUGGGACUUACUCUUGCAACUGGAAAACUCAAAUUCCUCACCUUUUGGAAUGCUUUACUCCAAGCGGCAUUUUUCACAAUUUGUCUACUCAACAACUUCAUUGGAACAAGCGAAAUUAAUCCCAAAUCGAAACCCUUCAUACGCAGAAUUCGUGAUACUGUUUUGGCCACACUAGCCUUGCCACUGUCGUUAUUCGUCGGUCUAUCGUUUUGGUCCAUUUAUGCGAUCGACAGAGAACUUAUAUUUCCGAAGGCUUUAGACCCAUUCUUUCCCGUGUGGUUGAAUCAUGCGAUGCACACUAACAUAAUGAUCUUCGUUUUGAUUCAAACGUACAUGUCGUAUCACGAGUAUCCCUCACGAAAGGUGGGAGUCUCUCUAUUUAUGGCCUUUAUGGCCAUUUAUUUAGUGUGGAUACACAUCAUUCACGCCCAGUCAGGUGUGUGGGUGUACCCGAUAUUGGAAGUUUUAAAUUUCCCACUACGUCUAGUAUUCUUUGGAGUAGCAGUGUGUGUCGGAAUUUUCCUGUACAUACUCGGAGAGAAACUGAAUAAGAUGCUAUGGAGAAACAUAGUUGAGAAAAAUAAACGAAAGAAGCGCAACUAGUAUAGAUAACGUCAGCAUUUCCACACCUUUUUUUUUUGAGAAUAGGAUUAGUGCAAACAUCAGAUCUUUACAACCUGUGCCUCAUCUUACGGCAAUAAUUGAUGUAAUUUGUAAUUAUGCUAAGCUUUGACACGAUUCAAUGUUUGAUCACUUAGAAGUAAAAUGUACUGCUGGCAGUUUGCAGAGUGCUGCAUUAUACUUGUUGCAUUGUUCGCAGUUUACCAAUUUUUCUAGAAUAAAUACUUUUAAAAAA